CUCUGAGUAUUUUAGAGCCGCCAGGCUGCCGGGACACGCCACAGGCGUAAAACAACGCUGCUCCUGUCCCCCCCCAGGCCCCCUAAAGGAUGUCGGAGAUAGAGAGUUCCAAAUAAUGACGAUCGUGCGCCGCAUCUGGGGAAAGGAUGAGAAAAACCUCUGCAAACACCGGGAGCGAUGAAACUGCCAAGAGGAUGCGGGAACCGUACAAAUACUAAUUAGGGGCCGCCGCGGCGGUGGACAGAGAGAGGGGACAGCGGCGGCGGGAUCCCGGCGCGGUGGUCGCCACUACGCGGGGGGUGGAGGACGGCGCAGGAGCCGUAGCCACCCCAGGAGUAGCCAAGGGGCCGAUGCCACCUUUGCUCGCCCCCUCACUACCAUGUACAGUGUGCGCUGCAAGAAGAAGGCGGGCGAUGCAUGCACACCCCCGCGCCCCGCUCCCUCUGGCUAGUCCCCAGGCGUGCGCCACUGACCAGGGGGGAAUGUGGUGAAGACGGCGAGGAGGAGAGCUGAGGGGGGAGGGGAGGGGCGGCCAGCGCGAACCCAGGCCCGAGGGUUCGUGGAGUCGGAGGCUGGAGGGGGCGGCGGCUGCUGCUGGCUUGGAGAAAGUUGCCCCUUAUGCAGAUGGCAACUUGUUCUUUAGGUUCCCACCCUGGCAUUUCCAGCGACGGUUUAAAAUAGCCCAAGUAUUGUGACUCCUUGCUUUUCUGUGAAAAAUGGGAGACCUUCACGGUGAACUGUUAACUGAGGAGGUUCUGAAAGAAAGGCAGACGGGUUUGCUAUAGGAGGUAAAAUGCACACUUGCUGCCCCCCAGUAACUUUGGAACAGGACCUUCACAGAAAAAUGCAUAGCUGGAUGCUGCAGAGUCUAGCGUUUGCUCUAACAUCUCUCGUCCUUUCGUGUGCAGAAACCAUCGAUUAUUAUGGGGAAAUCUGUGACAAUGCAUGUCCUUGUGAGGAAAAGGACGGCAUUUUAACUGUGAGCUGUGAAAACCGGGGGAUCAUCAGCCUCUCUGAAAUUAGCCCUCCCCGUUUCCCAGUCUACCACCUCCUGUUGUCUGGAAACCUUUUGAACCGUCUCUAUCCCAAUGAGUUUGUCAAUUACACCGGGGCUUCAAUUUUGCAUCUGGGUAGCAACGUUAUCCAGGACAUUGAGACUGGGGCUUUCCACGGGCUGCGGGGUUUAAGGAGAUUGCAUCUGAACAAUAAUAAACUGGAACUUCUGCGAGAUGAUACCUUCCUCGGCCUGGAGAGCCUGGAGUACCUACAGGUCGAUUACAAUUACAUCAGUGUCAUUGAACCCAAUGCUUUUGGGAAACUGCAUUUGUUGCAGGUGCUUAUCCUCAAUGACAAUCUCUUGUCCAGUUUACCCAACAACCUCUUCCGUUUUGUGCCCUUAACGCACUUGGACCUGCGGGGGAACCGGCUGAAACUUCUGCCCUAUGUGGGGCUGUUGCAGCACAUGGAUAAAGUUGUGGAGUUACAGCUGGAAGAAAACCCCUGGAAUUGCUCCUGCGAGCUGAUCUCUCUCAAGGAUUGGUUGGACAGUAUCUCCUACUCGGCCCUGGUGGGGGAUGUGGUUUGUGAGACCCCCUUCCGCUUACACGGCCGGGAUUUGGACGAGGUGUCCAAGCAGGAACUUUGCCCAAGGAAACUUAUUUCAGAUUAUGAGAUGAGGCCACAGACGCCUUUGAGCACCACGGGGUAUCUACACACUACCCCAGCCUCGGUGAAUUCCGUGGCCACUUCUUCCUCAGCUGUUUACAAACCCCCCUUAAAGCCCCCUAAGGGGACCCGCCAACCCAACAAGCCCAGAGUGCGCCCCACCUCUCGGCAGCCCUCCAAGGACUUGGGCUACAGCAACUAUGGCCCCAGCAUCGCCUACCAGACCAAAUCUCCGGUGCCUUUGGAGUGUCCCACCGCGUGCACUUGCAACCUACAAAUCUCCGAUCUGGGCCUCAACGUCAACUGCCAGGAGCGCAAAAUCGAGAGCAUCGCGGAGCUGCAGCCCAAGCCCUACAACCCCAAGAAGAUGUAUCUGACGGAGAACUACAUUGCGGUUGUGCGCAGGAGCGACUUCCUGGAGGCUACGGGGCUGGACCUCCUACACCUGGGCAACAACCGAAUCUCCAUGAUCCAGGACCGCGCUUUCGGCGAUCUCACCAACCUGAGGCGCCUCUACCUAAAUGGCAACAGGAUUGAGAGGCUGAGCCCGGAGUUGUUCUAUGGCCUGCAAAGCCUGCAGUAUCUCUUCCUCCAGUACAAUCUCAUACGUGAGAUUCAGUCUGGGACUUUCGACCCGGUCCCAAACCUCCAGCUGCUAUUUCUGAAUAACAACCUCCUGCAGGCCAUGCCCUCAGGCGUCUUCUCAGGCCUGACCCUUCUCAGGCUGAACCUAAGGAGUAACCAUUUCACCUCCUUGCCCGUGAGUGGAGUUCUGGACCAACUCAAGUCACUCAUCCAAAUCGACCUGCAUGACAACCCUUGGGAUUGUACCUGCGACGUGGUGGGCAUGAAGCUUUGGGUCGAACAGCUCAAAGUGGGUGUCUUGGUGGAUGAGGUCAUCUGCAAGGCGCCCAAGAAGUUUGCGGAGACCGAUAUGCGCUCCAUUAAGUCAGAGCUGCUGUGUCCAGACUACUCUGACGUGGUGGUUUCCACGCCCACGCCCUCUUCCAUCCAGGUCCCGGCGAGGACCAGCGCGGUGACCCCCGCGGUCCGGUCGAACAGCACCGGGGCCCCCGCGGGCUUGGGCGCGGGGGGAGGUGCGUCGUCGGUGCCCCUGUCGGUGCUGAUUCUCAGCCUGCUGCUGGUUUUUAUCAUGUCCGUCUUCGUGGCCGCCGGGCUCUUCGUGCUGGUUAUGAAGCGCAGGAAGAAGAACCAGAGCGACCACACCAGCACCAACAACUCCGACGUGAGCUCCUUCAACAUGCAGUACAGCGUAUACGGCGGCGGCGGCGGCGCGGGAGGCCACCCGCACGCGCACGUGCACCACCGCGGGCCCGCGCUGCCCAAGGUGAAGACGCCCGCGGGCCACGUGUACGAGUACAUCCCCCAUCCACUGGGCCACAUGUGCAAAAACCCCAUCUACCGCUCCCGAGAGGGCAACUCCGUGGAGGAUUACAAAGACCUGCACGAGCUCAAGGUCACCUACAGCAGCAACCACCACCUGCAGCAGCAGCCGCCGCCGCCGCCGCCGCCGCCGCAGCCGCAGCAGCAGCCCCCGCCGCCUCUGCAGCUGCAGCCGGGGGAGGAGGAGAGGCGGGAAAGCCACCACUUGCGGAGUCCCGCCUAUAGCGUCAGCACCAUCGAGCCCCGGGAGGACCUACUGUCGCCGGUGCAGGACGCCGACCGCUUUUACAGGGGCAUUUUAGAACCAGACAAACACUGCUCCACCACCCCCGCCGGCAACAGCCUCCCGGAAUAUCCCAAAUUCCCGUGCAGCCCCGCUGCUUACACUUUCUCCCCAAACUAUGACCUGAGACGCCCCCAUCAGUAUUUGCACCCGGGGGCAGGGGACAGCAGGCUGCGGGAACCGGUGCUCUACAGCCCCCCCAGUGCUGUCUUUGUAGAACCCAACCGGAACGAGUAUCUGGAGUUAAAAGCAAAACUAAACGUUGAGCCGGACUACCUCGAAGUGCUGGAAAAACAGACCACAUUUAGCCAGUUCUAAAAGCAGAGAAACUCCCUGGGAGCUUUUGCAUUUAAAACAAACAAGCAAGCCGACACACGCGGGGAACGCAUUUGAUUAAUUGUGUUGUUUCAGCGUUUAGGGUGAAGUGCCUUGGCACGAGAUUCUCAGCUUGGGCGGAAGAUACUGAAAGGGUGUGCACUUUCCUUUCAAUUUUUACACGUGGGGGAGACAUUUGUGUAAACUGGGCACAUCGAUUUCUCUUCUCUUCUCUUCUUGUGGGGGAGGGGAGCAGAAGGGUUUACGGAGGGCCGUUUGCUGCGCAAGUGACUUGCUGACGGUGGCGGUUGUUCUUGUGGUGGUUGGAAGUGCCAUUAAGAACGGUGGAAGAUAGCAGCGCAGAGAUUCUACUCUUCCUCUUUUGUUCCCUUUCCCUCCUCUUCUUCCCGCGCCCCUUUAAGCCAUGGGUGGGUCUAAAUGGCUUUUGUGGAGAGAUUAGCACACCCCAACUUUAGUAGAAAGUUUGUUCUCUCUCUGUCCUUCCCCCUCCCCCUCCUCUCUCUUUCUCUGCCUCCCUGCCUUCCUCCCUCCUAUCUCAUUACUUUUCCUUUCUUUUUAAAGGAUGUGUUUGUAUGCAUUCUGGACAUUUGAAUUAAAAAACAAAAGUAUUGUGAUCUGGAAAAUGAUCACCAUAGAUGUGGACAAAUCAUUAAAAUUACAGAGCUAUAUGAUCCAUAAUUGAUUAGUCAAAAUAACUUAUUGAUGAAAUAUACAAAUAUUUUAUUGUAGCACCUAUUUUUAUACACACAUUUAGCAUUUCUCUUUCCUUCACUAUUUAGCCUAUGAUUUUCACAGAGGUGUCGCACUAUAUUAGGACCUGCAUUUCCAAAACAGGAGUGAUAUCAGGAAGGCAUUUUAAAUCACUAAAAAUGUGGAGAACUUAAUGGGAAAAUCGUAAAGCCAAUGCAACCCACCCGAUUGGAUCUGUCAUUUAAAAAAAGAAAAAAAUAAUAACGGAUUGUAUCCCAAUGUAUAAAGGAAAAAAAAAUUAGGGCAAUUAAUUGGGCCAUUUGAGUAAGAAUCGUGUGCAAGUUUCUGGUUUUAUUAGAGAAGAUUUAAAAGUAUUUUUAUUAGUCAACCAAAAUGAUGUAUUGAUUUGACUACUAUUGUAGCCGAUUUUUGAUUGUUUAACCAAACCCAGUUGCAUUUGUACAGAUCCACAUGUACUGGCACCUCAGAAGACCAAAUGAUGGACUGUACAAAUCUCUAUACGAUGUCUUUAUCCCUCUGGGCAGCAAGCAAUGAUGAUGACCACAAACAGGAUCUCUGUAAGAUGGGGCUACUGUUGUUACAGUCUCAUAUGUAUCCCAGCACAUGUAAUUUUUUAAAUAGUUUCUGAAUAAACACUUGAUAACUAUGUCAAAUAUGAGGGACUGAAGUAAUGAUUACUUGAGGUGCAAAAGACGUAGUUACGUGUGAUUGACUGAAUCUCCAUUAUUAACAAUUAGGACAUAGUAGCUAACUUUUAUUCCUAAUAUGAAAAAAUUUCCCCAAUUAUCAAAUUUGAAUAUAUGUAUAUAUGUAAAAUUCUCCUUUGCAAAUUCAGGGAAUUAUGUUUUCCUAAAGGUGGCAUUAAUGUCUUUAUUAAUGAAACUUCAAUUGUAUACUUUCUUUCCUUACUGAAGUAUUCUUCUAAUACAUGGACCGUGGUAAGUAAUAUAUUGCCUAUUCGUUUUUCUCCCAAUGAUAUAUAUUUUAUGUCAGUAUUAUUUAUUCAGUCUACAAUGCUCAUAGUUUCCUAAUUUCCCCGUAUUCCCAUAGUUUUCCUAAUUUUAACUUGUGUAAAACUACCUUCAAUGAUUAUGAUGGGUACUUUAUCUCAAGUUGAUCUAUAUAUCCUAAAUGUUCGAAAUGUUGGUGGGUGUAAGCUGUUCACCUCUGAGGAAGGUUUGCCAAUGAAUUUAGAUUAGUAUUUAAGAGUAGGAAAUGUUUGAGUGAAUCUGAAACUUAAAGAGCCAUGUGCUUCAUCGCUAUUAGUGGAUCUUCCCAGAAUCUCACCUGAAAUGUGUAAAAUAUCAAGGGCUGUUCAUGAACUUUCUGUUUAAGGAACACUUUCCAUGGCAUUCUGCCACAAAGAGGCAGCAUUCACCCAUGAGUAAAUUGACAGUAACUGCUUGAAUUCAGAUUGAACAGGUGGUAACAAUUUCCCUGAGGAAUUAAAAAAAAAAAAUUACUAAUGCUACAUCGGUCAAGUGAAGUAAACUAUCCCCAUUCUGUGUAACAUCUUCCCUUUCCCAAAUUUUUUUCAAAGGGGAAAGGAACAAGCUUAAUAAUGCCAUGAUAUUAUCAUG